AAAUCUGCCAAAUCUACACGUUCCAUGACGUAACCUGUCACGUUUCAUGAGUUACCUGUCAUGUCAAGUCACCCCUACCCCGUGAUGAACCAGCUGCAACGAUGACAUCACCAACAGGAAGAGCAGGUGACUCACGUGUACGCAGACGCAGAUAAAUGAAUGAACCGGGUGAUGAGCUGCAGCGUCACUUCCACAAACGAGCGGGCCGCGAUGGGGGAGUCUCGGCUCAUCGUGGAGGAGUUACUGGCGCUGUGUCUCCAGAGGAUCCGGAUGGAGGAGAACACGGUCAACACCGAGCAAGAGUUUGUCGACGUGCUGAAGAACGUUGAGACAGUCAGGAAGCGGUGGCUGCACGCCGAGCUGGAGAUGAAGAAGUACAAAGAGCUGCUGGUGAAGUCCGAUGUUGCCAAAGCAGCUCUGGAGGUCAAACUGAAACACGCCCGGAACCAGCUGGACGUGGAGAUGAAGAAACGCUACAAGAUCGAGGGGGACUACCAGUACCUGCAGAGGCAGAUGCAGCUCAUGUGUGAUAUCCUGGUCCACGACAGUAAAUCCAGCGCCUGUUUGAACGAUGAACAGAAAUCUCUUCUGGCCACUUUUGAACACAAAGGAGCGAAUGUGACUCUACACCGGAGCAGCAAACGGUUGUCCGUGAUCGAUGAGUCGUCUUUUCUGUCUCACUCUGACAUCAGCUACGAUCGGACUGAUGAUGAUGUGGAUCUGGACACCACCAUGAUUAAACCCCUGAGAUCUCGGGCCAGAGAGAAGAGGCGCUCAUCAAUGGGACCAGCUGUCGGCGCCCCAGUUGGGAAGCGAGGGCGAGGAGGAAAUGUUUCCGAGCUGCUGGAGAGAAAAACUUUGGAAAAGGAGGUUGAGACCAUUGUGAAGGCGUCUGUGACAACUCCUGAGACCGGUGGUCAGAUCCACAUGGUUGUGGGAAUCACACAGGAGACCCCUGAAAACCCAACCCGGACCCUGACCCAGGAGUGUGCUGUUUCAAUCGGAGGAGGAGAUCAGACCUCAAUCUGGUCUCACUGCGAUGACACAAUGGCUGAGCCUGAAACUGAAACAAAGAUGGAGGACACCGCCGUAGUCAGAGCGUCUUACACCUACCGAUCUGAGAAAACCCCAAAACAUGUUUUUCUCUCUAAAACGGUGAUCCGGCCAGAGACCUGCUCGCCGUGUGGUAAGAGGAUCCGCUUUGGGAAGAUGGCGGUGAAGUGCAGGAACUGCCGAGCGGUCGCUCAUCCGGAAUGCAAACAGAAAUUCACUGAUGGCUGUUCCACUGCUGCCACGGCAGGAGGUUCAGCUCAACAGAACCUGUUGGAGAGUUUGGCCCCGGGGAUCCAGCCCAGGGUGCCUCUGCUGGUCAUGGAGUGUGUGACUGAGAUCGAAAGGAGGGGGCUGGAGGAGAGGGGUCUGUACAGAGUUCCUGGAGGGGAGCGUUUGGUGAAGGAGCUCAGAGAUCGAUUCAUUCAGGGGAAAACGCCGCUCAUGCUCAGUAAAGUCCACGACAUCCAUGUGGUCUGUGGUCUUCUUAAAGACUUUCUGAGAAAACUGAAAGAACCUCUCAUCACCUUCAGGCUGCACCGCACCUUCAUGGAGGCUUCAGAACUUGCUGAUGAAGACAACAGUGCGGCCAUCUUGUAUCAGGCCAUAGCAGAGCUGCCAAAAGCCAACAGGGACACACUGGCAUUUCUCAUGCUGCACUUACACAAGGUGAUGAAGAGUCCUCAGUGUCAGAUGGACAAGAAUAAUCUGGCCCGGGUGUUUGGACCGACUAUAGUGGGACAUGGGAUGUCCGAGCCGUCUCCGACAACCAUCAUGAGAGACACAAACACUCAGCCGAAGGUUAUUUGUCGCAUGUUGUCCCUCCCUGAAGCCUACUGGAGACGUGUCCUCGCCGUCCAGACAGAUCAGACCUCAUCCACUCCAGCCUACAGCCAGGAUGGUGGUCAUGGUCGGUUGUUUAAACCGUUGACAUCUCCAGAGUUGAACAGCUACUAUAAAAUUCCCAGCAGAGGAUCUCUGAGGGGCAGGAUCAGGAACCUGGGCCACGCUCUCACCAGCAUGUCUCCAAAAGGUGCUGGGUUCUGGAGGUCCCUGUGCCUGUUACUUUCUAACAUCUGGUCUCUCUUUGUCUUCAGAGGUCCAGUAGAACCAGGGAGGAGGUUCUUCACAUCACCCAGCUGAUGUAGAUCAGACAUAGUUCACAGGAAGUGAAUUAAUGAGUGUCAGAAAAUUAAACAUUUUGUAAAAAGCAUUUAAAAUAUUUUAUGAAAGAUUAAAUAAAAAGAUUUUUU